AUGCUUGCCCCUGGCUCUGCUCUGAUGUGGGAGCAGGGCUGGCAAACAACAGGGGCAACGGGAAGCCUCCAGAACCUGAAGAAAUUUAAUAACCAGGACUUCAACCGCCUGCGAGCCUUGUGUCUGAGCCAAGGACUGCUUUUUGAGGAUGCCACCUUCCCUGCCCAUGUCAGCUCCAUCGGUCCCAACCUGCUCCCAGAGGAUAAGCUGCGGCGAAUACAAUGGAAGAGGCCAACUGAACUUCAGAGAAAUCCUUAUUUGAUCAUGGAUGGGGUUAGCAGAUUUGAUAUCAUGCAAGGAGAAAUAGGUGACUGCUGGAUGCUGGCUGCCCUCGGCUCUGUGACACUGCAGAAGCAAUUUUUGGAAAAUGUUUUACCAAAGGACCAAGGAUUCCAGGACGAUUAUGCUGGAAUUUUUCAUUUCCGGUUCUGGCAAUAUGGAGACUGGGUGGAUGUAGUGAUAGAUGACCAGCUGCCAUUCCUAAAUGGAAGAUACCUGUCUGUGCACCCUCGAACGUCAAAUGAAUUCUGGCCAUCCUUGCUGGAAAAAGCAUAUGCCAAGUUACGGGGCUCCUACCAGAACUUGCAUGGAGGCUACCUUUCUGAUGCUUUGGUAGACCUCACAGGUGGAGUACAAGUGCAGUUUUCAUUGAAAGAUCCCCCUCCUGAUCUGGAGGAGAUACUGAAAGCAGCUAACAAAUCAAAGUGUCUGAUGGGGUGUAGCACCUCAGGCCAGUCCGGGAACAUAGAGCUGAGGAAUGGAAUUGUACAGGGUCAUGCCUAUACUGUCACAGGAGUUGCGAAGGUACGCUACAGGAAUGGCUGGAAACAUAUCAUCAGGAUCUGGAAUCCAUGGGGCCAUGGGGAGUGGAAGGGGCCCUGGAGUGAUGACUCUCCUCAGUGGGACCAUGUUGAGCCUAAAUUCAGAGAAGCCCUCUUCAGAAAUAAGGCUGAUGGAGAAUUCUGGAUGUCCUAUGAAAACUUUCAGGAGCAGUUUUCCUGGCUGUAUAUAUGUAACAGCACCCCAACGUUUCUGGACUUUGGAGAUCAGCGCUGCACAACGUGGUCCGUGGACAGGCAUAUGAACCUGUGGAGUCCAGUCAUUGCCACAGGUGCAGUUUCAACAAACCCUCAGUAUUUCUUCAAAGUGCCAGAUUAUGACCCAAAAACCUAUAAUGUAGUCAUUUCACUCAUGCAAAAACAUGCUGAGGGUAUGCAGGAUGCAAAAACCCUGAAGAUUGGCUUUUUGAUCACCACGUCCCUGACUCGAGACGUGACCAACUACUUUAUCUUGAGCCCAGGAACCUAUGUUGUCGUUCCUGCUACAACAGAGGACCAAGAAUUUGAAUUUAUCUUACGAAUUUUCAUGAAGAAUCAAGACUACAAUGAGAACGCAAACUCCCCGCCCAGCCCAGUGCUGCCAAUGGAUGUACCAAGACAGAACCGGGACAGCUCCUAUAAGGCUGUCUUCCUAAGAUAUGCUAAGCAGGGCUCAGCUAUUGAUGCCUCGCAGCUGCAACAACUCCUUAAUGAAGUGAUCCUGCAAGACGAAAUGACCAGCCUGGGCGGAAGAUUCAGCUUCGAUUCAUGCAGAGGCAUUUUAUCUCUGAUGGAUCUCAACUCAGAUGGACGACUCACACUGCAGGAGUUCGGGAGCCUCUGGCGAAGUCUCACUAAGUACAUGGUUAUCUUCAGCAAAGAAGACAGAAAUCAUUCUGGAUUUCUUGAUUUGUCUGAACUGAAGAGCGCGAUACAGACGGCAGGUCUGGCCGCUAACGAGCAGCUCCUGCGCCUGAUGGCCCUGCGGUACAGCGAUGCUGCCAGGAGAAUCGGCUUCUCUGACUUCGUGUGCUGCAUGCUGCGCCUUGAAACCAUGACCUAUGCAUUUCAAAACUUAGCAGAAGGCAGAUCACAAAUUUUGAUGACAGCAAUGGAGUGGCUGACUCUUGUCAUGUACACCUAA